AAAAUGAAGCGCUGCAAUCGCCGUUUCCAAGCAAUCAUGGCGGUUGUUGGAGUGAAAAAAAAGAGGCAAGCGAAAUCACCAAGGUUGUUCUAAAACACAUCACCAAGUCAGCGAAUUUAACUGCAACCUGAGAUCUCAUAAUUAGUGAACAAGAAGGCGCAUUAUUUAUUCACUCUAACGUUUGAAAAAAAGUUAUCGAUUCAUUUCAACCAAGAUACCGCGCAAUUGAGAGGGAAAUCGAGUCGAGAAAUCUGGCGGGCUGUGGCGACUACCCGACACAAUGAUGCCUGAGGCGACAGUCUCUAAUGAGGAAUCUGCCUAUCGGGCGAAAUACUACAACGGUAUCACAUCGGUGAGGAGAGGUGAUCUCUUCUGCUCGUCAUGUGGAAAUACUAUCAGUUUCGAAGCUGAUACCUUCUAUUCACAUCCGUUUUUGGGAAUUCUGCAGUGUCAAGCAUGCAGUGAUUCCUUUCGUUCCUUCAAGUCUAAAGUCUCUGCCAAAGCCUGGAAGAGGAGAUGUUUGAUGUGUGGAUCUGAUAAUUGUCAAACUCUCUUUCCAUGUCCUGUGAAAGGCUGUCCCUACUCGUUUUGUAAGAAUUGCAUCAAGAGAAAUGCAUCAAGUGCUCUCUUGCUGGCAGACACCCCCAACUGGAAGUGCUUCGUCUGCAUGACGAAUCCCCUGUGGCAGGCACGAGGAAUCUGCGACACCCUCCUAUCAGCAUCCCCCAGAAGGAAGAAGAAAAAAAAAACGGUACGUGAAGAAUCCUCCGAUGAAGACUACCUUGAUAAUAUAAAAGCCAAGAUGGCCUCUGAAAAGAGACCCAGAGUAUUACGAAAGUCAGUGACAAAGCCGUCAUCAGAUGCUCCAACGAGGAGGCCAACCAGAAAUGCAUCGAAAACAACGGUGAAUCAGAUUGAAGAUAGUGAUGAUAAUUUGGAGAUAGUAUCAGUGAAAAAAUCCAAAAAAUCAUUCAAACUGAAAACGUCAACGACUUCGAAACGAAAGCCAUCGUCAGAGAGGAGUUCAGUGGAGAGGAGUUCGAGUCCAGAGUCGUCGGGUCGUCACAGCAAGCUCUCGACGACCGAACCCGUCAGAAGAACCAGAGGAGCGUCCUCGGACUCGAGAAAGGGCUCAACCAAGGGUAUCACCCAGUCAUGUCAGAAGGUAAAGCGACAGAAUUCAGACUCGAGUUCUGGGAAGGAGUUUACACAGACAAAACUCAUCAGAGAGAGCUACGUACCCCUGCAGAGACUCUCUAUCGGUGAAAAAGAUUUCACCCACCCCCCUGAUGAGCCUGGCAGCCCUGAGGGGACAAUUCUCACAAAGCAACAAAUGUUCUCGCUUAAAAACUCCAUCCAGGACUUCAUUAAUAACCUCAAGUCCACAUCCAAGAAGAUGAUACAUGUUGCUGAAUCCCUUCAACGUCAGUAUUCCCAGAAGGAGAUGAUCAGACCGGCGGAGGCCACCAAGUGGAUCGCCGAGUGCAAAACCACUGCUUCAGCCUUCACCAAGAAGAUCAAUAAUAAUGAACACGCUCUGGUUGACAGGUUUGAUAGCUGGUGUAAAAAAUACAAAGUUAAGAAUAUCUUCAUUAGCGCCAAUGGGAUCGAUGACUCGGAUUCUCCAUUACGCAGUGGUUUUGAUACUCUUCGCACGAGGAAGCAAGUCAAGUCGAGUAACGUUAUUCCGUCUUCAGAUGAGGAGGAUGAAGACAAUGUCAGGAGUAAGGGCCAGGCGUCUUCGGUGGAGAAGACUCCUGACGUCUCCGAAUGUGAGAUUGCUGAGAUAUUUAGUCAGGACGAGACGCAUCCUAGCAGAAGCACAGAUAAAAUUCUCUCGCCAGUUCGUGAGGAGAUUGGCACAGGUGAUAUUGAGAGUCCUGAAUCUUCAUCGGCUAGAUUGUCGCGUAGCCCAGAGGUUGUGGAUGGAGCUGAAGCCAGGGGUGCCGAGAAAGUGAACUCUAGGGGGUCCUCUGAGGACAUAUUUGCUGAUUUUGAGUGUGAGGCCAAAGAGCAAGGAAAGAUAAAAACGGAGCGAAAGUCAAAAGAGAGGGAAGUGGCAUCCUCGAAUGAUGAGAUUUCCUCCCCAGGUCCCAAGAGCAGUAAAAAGUCAAGGAAGUCGAGGGAGAAAAAAGAGAACUCCCGCAAGGAAUCGCUAGAGCAUUUACCACUCUCUGACAGUGGGAGUGAAGAAAAGAAUGUGAAGGGUGAAGAGAAGAAUUUCAAGGAGAGUGAGAAGAAAAAAAACAGGAUUCUAUCGUCCAGCGGUGAUUCUGAUGAUGAUGCCAGUUCCAAGAUGAGAGCCAAUACAGCAUCGCCGAGAUCAUCAGAGGGAAAAAAGAAGAGUAAAUCAGAGAUGAAGAAAAGGAGGAAGAAUUCUUCAUCGAUCAAAAACUCAGGUUCUUCCUCAGACGAGAGAAAGAAUAAGUCUCAGGACUCUUCUGCCGACGACCAACGACUUAUGAAAUCAACCAAAAAGAAAAAUAAAAAAUCUAAUCUAGUUUCUUCAAACCUCAAUCAAUCAGAAGAUGAAAAAAUUGACGAUGGAAUCGAGUCGAGAUCCUCCGAGGCGAGGGCCAGAGAAGCUCUUCUCGAAUCUGAUUCCUCUGAAAAUCAAGAAGAAAUAACCGCAAACUCCAGUGAUAAAUCCACAGACCAGGCAGGCCCUUCUAUCGAGGAAGACAACAGUCUGCAGUCGAUUGUAGAGUCACCAGCUAAAAAUACCAAGUCAAAGAAAUCUAAAAGCUCCAUUCAGCAAGAGGACUCAUCUCCAGAUACACAUAGUAAAAAGAAAAAGCGGAAGCGAUCUCUUUCGUCUUCACAUGACUCGAUAGAAUUACCCGAGGAAUCGGCUACGGAACAGCCAUUGUCUUUUGAGGCUUCUAAUACUGACCAUCAAACGAACAAUUCACAGGAGAAUUCAGACGGUUCAUUCAUGACAGCAAAUGAUGAGGUGUGCAGUACUCAAUUGACAGUUAAACGCGACAACAGCAAAGAUUCAGCUGCAGAACUUUCACAGCAUUCAAAUAUUUCAAACGCUGAGACAAUAAUCCAAGAUCAACUUGUGGAGGACUCAAAGAAUACGCCACCCAAAGACGUUUCUGAUGAGCAACACGCUAAACAAUAUCUCUUACAGUCGUCAUCCGAUGACUCGUUUAAUGAAUCUGUUGAUGAGUCCACGAAAAAAGGAUCGUCGUCGGAGGCUUCUGUAAACGAGGAGAUACUGAAAAAAUCAUCACGUACGAUUGACUCGUUGUCAAGUAUUGAUGAAACCGGUGCUCUCGACGAAUCCGAGAAAUCCGAGGACAAACGGGACACCGAUGCCGAGGAGAGAGCAAAGAAGGCCCUCAUGACUUCAUCUUCAGACGAGGUAGAGAUGGAUCGAACAGUCGAGAUAUCCGAGCCGGAGGUGUCCCAUAUCGAGGAGACCACCAACGACUCUCCCCUCGUGCCAGAGAUAAGUUCUGAUAAAGCAUCAGAUGGUCCUGUCUCUCAGGGAAUGGAGGAGAGGGCGAAGGAGGCACUUUUGGACUCGGACUGCUCCUCAGUAGAUGUCAAUUCAGGGAGUCUAGUGGAGUCUGGAAAUUACAGCUCUGCGGAACGACCUGAUAAAACCAGAGACAGAACAGAGAUGAAAAAAACAGGGGAAUCUGAUUCUGGUACUGAAGCUGCUGCCCCAUAUCUUAAAGGCAAAUCACAAAAAUCUGCCUCAUCUGGAUCAAAAGAUCUUGAGGAAAAUGCCAAGAAAUACCUUUUGAAUUCAUCGUCAGAUGAAAAUGAGGGUUCUGUGAAGAAGAAACGACUGUUGACGAGGCCAGUGGAUUCCAGCCAUCAUGAUUCAGACAGUAUGUUCUCGUCCCCACGGGUCAAGAGACGAAAACUCGAUAUGAAGAAAUCGGAAUUCUUCAAAAACGACGAAAAGCUCAAACUGGGGUGCUCGGUGGUGGUAAACAGGCUCUCGAAUGUUAUUCUCAGGCGGCAUGCGAGGGCUUUGAAAAAAUCUAAAGAAUAUCUUGAAGACAAAGCUCUCAGAAGUCUGACGACUCUAGAUGGCCUUGAGAAGACCCGCAAACGAGACAAAGGGAAUAUUUCAGAGACAUCCGAUGCUACGUCGACAUCGAGAGCGAGGAAGAAGACGUCUAAAGACUCUGAGACCCUCGCUGAUCAUCUCAACGUGAAUGGUGAGCAUAUGGAGACAGGUACCAGUAGUGAGGAGGAAGUUGAUGCAGGUGAAAAAUCCCAGGCAUCUGGUGAUCUCCAGGACAACGUAGAGGUGCUAGCGAAGAAUGCUCUUCUGGAUACGUCGGAUGAGGACAAACCAGUGGUGCUAUCCUCGGACGAGGAGUCAGCGGAAAGUGACAACAAGAAGGUCAAGUCGAAGAAGUCCGUUGACGAGAGUACAUCCUCCAGGAGCACGAAAGCUGACUGGAAGAAGAGCAAACUCUUGACGAUGAAGCUGUCAUCGUCUGAUGAGGAGGAACAGUCCCAGAAAUUCGAUAAAAAGGUAAAAAAAUUAUCCCAGAAAGACUCAGACGAUUCUGAUCUCGAGGACGAGACGAAGAAGAAGAAGAGAGUAAGGAGACGUAGAUUGAACUCAGAUUCGGAUAUUCAGUUAACGGACGAGGAGCCCUCAAGUGAUUCUGUCAAGUCGGUGAAAUCGGAGAAAAAGGGAAAAAGAAGAUUGAAGAAGAUGAAUGACUCCUCGGACUCCAAUGACUCAUCAGCGACGAAUAGUCGCGUUAAGCCGAAGAGACGUCGAGUGAGAACAGCUGGGACAGACAGUGACAGUGACAUCGAGGAGAUCAACACCUCUCAGGGCUCUCCCACAAAGUCUGGCAGAAAAAACAUUAGGAAAGUCAUCAAGGACACGAAAGUUGCGGACGAUACGAAGCAGGCUGCCAAGCAGGAGGAGGAGAGAUUGAAGAGAAUGGCUGAACGUCAGAAAUUGUACAAUGAGUUGUACGAGGCGAGACUGGCUGGUGAGGAGAAAGUCGACAAGCUGAUUCUGGAUUUUGACGAGGACUCGAAGGAGGAGCUUCUCAGUGUCCACGAGGCAUUGGUGAAGAGGCUCAAGCCUCAUCAGGCGCAGGGGAUUAAAUUCAUGUGGGACGCCUGCUUCGAGUCCCUGGAACGUGCGAAUUCCACUUCAGGCUCUGGCUGCAUUCUAGCUCACUGCAUGGGCCUUGGAAAAUCCUUCCAGGUUGUCACCCUGACUCAUACCCUUUUGGUGAACAGUGAGAAGACUGGAGUUCGAACUGUUCUAGUUGUUUGCCCUCUGAGCACAGUAUUGAAUUGGGUAAAUGAGUUCAAAAUCUGGUUGAAUGAAGUGAAUGAUGGGGAUGAUGUCGAGGUUUAUGAGUUGACAAGGUUCAAACUGAAUACUGACAGAAGAUUCCAGCUUGGACGAUGGCAGAAGACUGGUGGUGUCAUGAUCCUGGGAUACGAGAUGUACAGGAAUCUCUCUAACCCCGUCAAGAAGAUCAACAAAAAAAUGGGGGAGGCCUUCCUUCAGUGCCUCGUGGCGCCUGGACCUGAUUUAGUUAUCUGUGAUGAGGGACACUUGCUGAAGAGCGAGACCACAGCCAUCAGCAAAGCCAUGAGCAAAAUUAAAACGCUCAGGAGAAUUGUCCUAACUGGAACUCCCCUGCAGAAUAAUCUAACAGAGUAUCACUGCAUGGUACAGUUUGUCAAGCCAAAUUUACUAGGUACCAAGAAGGAAUUUUUGAACAGAUUCGUCAAUCCUAUACAGAAUGGCCAGUUUGACGAUUCCACUGAGUACGACGUCAAGUUGAUGAAGAAGAGGGCUCACGUGCUUCACAAGAUGUUGGAGGGCAGUGUUCAGCGUUUUGAUUACUCAGUACUUACGCCAUUUUUACCUCCCAAACAAGAGUACGUGAUUUUUGUUAAAUUGUCGGAGAUCCAGGUGAAGUUAUAUCAAUAUUACAUCGAUAACUUGGCGAGGAGGCACAAGGGAGCCGGUGGAUCGUUAUUCGCCGAUUUCCAGGCACUUCAACGUAUUUGGACACAUCCAAUAGCAAUCAAACUGAAUGCUGAUAAGACUGCUGAGAAGAAGAUGCGUGAGGCAAGUGAUUCUGAAGGCUCUCUCAAGGAUUUUAUAGACGAUGGGAGUGACGAGGACAGCAGCAAGAGUGACACCAGCAUUGCCUCAACGAGUAGUUCCAAGAGCAAGAAAAGUGACGUCCCUGUUAAAAAACAUACAAGAGCCAAUGCUGAUAUCGAGGAGUUGGUGACAGCGGAGGUGCAAGAGCCUCAGCAGGAGCAAGAGUGGUGGACACAAUUCGUUGAGGAAGAGCAUUUCGAGGAUCUGAGGAUAUCAGGUAAAUUGAGAAUUCUCUUCGAGAUCCUGAAGGAGAGUGAGAAUAUCGGGGACAAAGUUCUCGUAUUCUCUCAGUCCCUUUAUUCUCUCACUUUGAUCGAGAGAUUUCUCUCAGUGAUUGACGACGAGACACAGCAGGGCAAUUCCUCGGAGUUGAUCGAUGGACACACUGGCAGCUGGUCCCUCGGACUCGACUACUUCAGGCUCGAUGGUCAAACCAACACAGAGAACAGGAGCCUCUGGUGCAAGCAAUUCAACAGGCCAAGCAACACGAGAGCAAGAUUAUUCCUGAUAUCAACGAGAGCUGGUGGUCUCGGUAUUAAUUUGACAGCUGCCAACAGAGUUGUUAUUUUUGACGCCAGUUGGAAUCCAUCUCACGAUGUUCAGAGUAUCUUCAGGAUAUACAGGUUUGGCCAGAAGAAGCCCUGCUAUGUGUACAGACUUCUGGCCGCUGGGACCAUGGAGGAGAAGAUAUACAACAGACAGGUGACAAAAUUAUCUUUAUCCUGUCGAGUUGUGGAUGAGCAGCAGAUCGAGAGGCACUACACAAACUCAGAUCUAGCUGAGUUGUACAAACUGGAUAUACCACCAGAUACACGGGAGACCAUUGGUUGCCCCAAGGACAGACUGCUAGCUGAGAUAUUCUCUAAGCACAAGGAUAUCGUCGUUAAUUUCCAUGAGCAUGACUCACUGCUGGAGAAUAAGGCUGAUGAAGAGUUGGACGAGGAGGAGAGGAAACAGGCUUGGCUCGAGUACGAGCAGGAGAAGGCUGGAAGACCAGCUGUCAAUCCAACCAUGAAUCUUCCAUUUAAUUAUCAGGAGCAGAUGCUACAGCUUUAUAAUGCACAGAUGAUGGGGGCGUUCCCCAAUGGCAAUCCCACACAGCUUGAACUCAAUUAUCUGCAGAGUUUCUAUGAGAAGGACUUUCCUAAAAUGACACCUGAACAGCAGAGAAUAUCAGCCACUAAGACACUCAUGAAUAUGUAUAAUUAUGUUGAGAAUCAGGCGGUGAUGUCCAAUAGGGUGCCUCAAGUCCCAAUGGGAGCAGCUACUGCGGGGUAUUCCAAUCCCACCAAUACUCUGGCUAAUCAGCUGGCUCAGGAGGCGUACACCAGGCAUCAUCAGCAGGCUAAGCAGACUGCUUACCAGAGGCAGUUACUUUAUGCUCAGCAACAUGGCAAUUUCAAGAGUGUUCCUGGAGCUGCACAGAGGAGUUCAAAGAAUCCUAAUCCAUUUGCUAGGCGAUCCAAUACUCUGCAAGGCAGGGCCAAUCCUGUCGACAAUCCUGAUAUUCUCGAGAUAAUUCCAAGUGCAGCCCAGUCGUCAUCGGCUCAAGGUAACCCAUCAAAGUAUCAAGAAGAGUAAGACGCAGAAGAUCGCUGUCGAGAGAAUCCCUAAUCUUCAAAAGAAGAGGUAAUGGACGAAUUCCCUCAACCCUGAUUAAAUAUCCCUCAAUUGAAACACAACACCAAUAGUUUUCCAGUUGUGAGAAAGGAUUAUAGCGAGUAACAAUUGUUUUUUUUUUCUUCGACUCAAACAGACGUGAAAACAAAAAGUGUAGGAAUCAGAAAUUUUUUUUGUAAGCAGUCGAUUAUCUAUUAUCAUAGGUUUUUUUUUCUAUUUACAUUUAUUGCGGUUUAAUUGUAAUAA